CCGGUUGCCCUGGAGACGCCGCGGCGGUUCCGCCCGGGAGUAGCCGGCUCGCAGCUGCCUGCGCGGAGUGUCCCCCGUCCGCGCUGGGGCUGCUGGGGCUGCUCGAGGCCGUGAGCGUCGCCCCCGUCCGCGCAGUGCAUCAUUGUACUGCAAGUCAAUCAAUACAGUAAUUUAAGUCACUUCAACUAUAAUGGAAAAGUAUGAAAAAUUAGCUAAGAUUGGAGAAGGGUCUUAUGGGGUUGUAUUCAAAUGCAGAAACAAAACAUCUGGACAAGUGGUAGCUAUUAAAAAAUUUGUGGAAUCUGAAGAUGAUCCUGUUGUUAAGAAAAUAGCACUAAGAGAAAUACGUAUGUUGAAGCAAUUAAAACACCCAAACCUUGUGAACCUCAUUGAGGUGUUCAAGAGAAAAAGGAAAAUGCAUUUAGUUUUUGAAUACUGUGAUCAUACACUUUUAAACGAGCUGGAAAGAAACCCAAAUGGAGUGGCCGAUGGAGUGAUCAAAAGUGUAUUAUGGCAAACACUUCAAGCUCUUAAUUUCUGUCAUAAACAUAAUUGUAUUCACAGAGACGUAAAACCUGAAAAUAUUCUGAUAACUAAGCAAGGAAUAAUCAAGAUCUGUGACUUCGGGUUUGCACGAAUUCUGAUUCCAGGGGAUGCCUACACUGAUUAUGUGGCUACGAGAUGGUACCGAGCUCCUGAACUUCUUGUGGGAGACACUCAGUAUGGUUCUUCCGUAGAUGUAUGGGCUACUGGUUGCGUUUUUGCAGAGCUUCUGACAGGCCAGCCACUCUGGCCUGGAAAAUCAGAUGUGGACCAACUUUAUCUGAUAAUCAGAACACUAGGAAAACUAAUCCCAAGACACCAAUCUAUCUUUAAAAGUAACCAAUUUUUCCACGGCAUCAGUAUUCCUGAACCAGAAGACAUGGAAACUCUUGAAGAAAAGUUCUCAGAAGUGCAUCCUGUGGCUUUGAGUUUCAUGAAGGAGUGUCUGAAGAUGAAUCCAGAUGACAGACUAACCUGCGCCCACCUCCUGGAGAACCCUUACUUUGAUUGCUUUCGAGAGGACCAAAUUAAAAGAAAAGCACGUAAUGAAGGAAGAAACAGAAGACGUCAGCAGAAUCAACUGUUGCCUCUCAUACCAGGAAGCCACAUCUCCCCCACACCUGAUGGAAGAAAACAAGUCCUCCAGUUAAAAUUUGAUCAUCUUCCAAACAUUUAGGAAAAUGUUCUUUCAAGUCGGAAGUAGUUUGAUAGGUACACAAUUUUGUACAAGAAAGAUAGGAAUUCUCAGUGUUUCAAAUGCAAAUGAGCCAUAUGAAAAAAUGCCUUCUAGAAUUGUUUUGCUCUGAUCAUUACUGAUUCCUUUGCCCAUGCUUUUUAUAUGCCAACUUUAUCUUUUAGAACAUUUUCUUGAAAUGCUUUAAAGUCUGAAGCUGCACAUAUGGAGGAGACAUUUUUAAUUUCAUCAGAGCAGCCCCUUUUGAGGCAAUUUAUAUUGAGAGUUUGGGGGCUUAUUCUGAUUUAUGAAAAACAUUACAUAUAUCAUCUUGCUUCAGCUGACCACAUAAUGUCUUAAAGCAGUCUCAAAUAGCUUGCCUAGCUGUUAUUUUUGUAAGGAAUGACAUUAUGUUUCUGUAUUUUAAUUCACUCUUGUAACCAGAUCUACUAAGUAAUGCUAUUAUUUUAUUCUGUGUUUUGAUACUGGUGUAGGAAAGGAACCUUGAAAUGUCAUCUAGGCUUAGCCCUUGAUUCUGUCUCAUGAGACAUUGACGAUUCUAUUUUUAAAGCUAGCUAGAAAAGACUCCAUACAUUUACACAGCAAAUAGUGGAUGAACUACACAGAAUUACCAUCCAAAGGACAGCAUUCGUGGUAGCAGUCUAUCAUCCCAGGGUGUCAUCGUGAAGCACAACAUGGUUUCUUACCCUUUUCUCCUCCUGGCUAAAUCAUCUCAGUACCUAAACCCUUCCUCCUGAGUAUGUUUUCUGAAUAGGUCAUUGUCGACACUCUCUCCCAAAUCCUCACAUCCACUGCCUCUGAGACUUGUAUAGCCCUAAACUUAUGCAUCAUGAUCAGAUCAGGUUUAUAAACACUUCUUAGAGCAGGAAGAUUACCUUUCAGUUAACUUCAGUUUGUGUCUCUUACCAAAUAAAUAAGCAGACAAACAAAACCUCAAUAGGUGGGUCCAAUCAACACUGGAAUAUUUUCCCAAGUGAACUUGACAGACAUAAUUUCAUACGUACAUGCAUAUGUACAUGUAUGUAAAUAUAUAUUUAUAAUUAUAAAUUUUGAAGCAUCAUAGCAGAUGCCUUUUAUCCUGGACAUCUAAGAAUGAUGUAGAAUGUUUAAAGUACUUUCAGUUGCUAACAAGGAACUAAGAUAAAAUAAUGCAUGAGGCUGUCUAUCACUGUCUGGCUUAAAAGCAACAAAAUAGUGAUGUUUCUAUCAAUACAUAUUAUUUCAUUACCUCUUUUCUGCUCCUGGGUCUGAUAUGCUCACCUGAACGUUAUAAAAUUUUUACACACAAUUCCAGAAACACCUUAUAUUUGGCAUUAAAACACCAAGCAUACAUGGUUUUUUGGAAACACACUGACACCUUAGGUUCCUCUCUAAAAGUUGAUUUCACUUAUAAACAUGCCUAUGUAAACUUCCAGAGACUCUCAUCCAGUGAUUUAGGAACAUCUCUUUAUUAAGGGAUAAUGGCAUCUAAACAAUAGCUCCUUGCUCACCAGAAAACAUUCGCUGUAGGCUUAUUUGGGCCAUUUAACCUUCCUAAUGUGAAUCUAAGUUGUUGGGGUCUUCUUAUUGUUGUCUUAUUAUCAAAAAUGUGACUUCACUGAUUUGUAUGUUCUUUGAUUUUUAAUAUGAUGCCAUAGGUGCAAGGAAAA